GUGGUGGAAUAGGCCAGCCAGUCCGGAAGCGGCGGUCUUGUUUGGUGGAGGCCACUUCCGCUUCCGUUUUCUGGACCAGGUCUCGGGGGUGCAGCCGCCGCUAGUCCCUUAGCUGCCAUGACAGCCACUCUGCGCCCUUAUCUCAAUGCGGUGCGUGCCACCCUGCAGGCUGCCUUGUGCCUGGAGAACUUCUCCUCCCAGGUGGUGGAGCGGCACAACAAACCCGAGGUGGAAGUCAGAAGCAGCAAAGAACUCCUCUUGCAGCCUGUGAUCAUUAGCAGGAAUGAGAAGGAGAAAGUCUUAAUUGAAGGUUCUAUCAACUCUGUGCGAGUUAGCAUUGCUGUGAAACAGGCUGAUGAGAUUGAGAAAAUUCUGUGUCACAAAUUUAUGCGGUUCAUGAUGAUGAGAGCAGAAAAUUUCUUCAUUUUACGUCGGAAACCAGUUGAGGGCUACGACAUCAGCUUCUUGAUCACAAAUUUCCAUACAGAGCAGAUGUACAAGCACAAGCUGGUGGACUUUGUCAUUCAUUUUAUGGAGGAAAUUGACAAAGAAGUCAGUGAAAUGAAGCUGUCGGUCAAUGCUAGGGCCCGCAUUGUGGCAGAAGAGUUCCUUAAAAAUUUCUAGACCCAGGGCUGGACUCCACAGCUUUGCUUUCUCAUUCUCUCUGCCCGGCUCCCUUAGGAGAGGCUACAGAGAGGCCACAGCCCAGGAGUGAAAUGAGAAGCGGCCAGAUCUGCCAGGGCUGCCCUAGCUGUCCAGCGUUCUCGCCAUCGUGCCCGGGGUCGGGAGGAGGGGAGGGGAGGGAGGGUGCUUUUUAAUAUUUUUGAAACAAAACUGUGCUUGUACAAGAUUGUGUUGACUCGAUAUUCUUUUCUUUUUCUUUUUUUUUUUAAAUACAUGAUCCCUUGCUGUAAUUUGUCUCCCUGAAAAAAAAUGUACCAGUGGAGAAGGUGGGAUUGGUUGCUCUAGCAACCCUCUGUAGAAGUUGCUAAGGGACUUCCAGUUCGGUUCAGCGAUGUGCAUACAAAGAUUGCCUGCAGUCGCUGACAAAACAAAAAACAAAAAUAAAAAAUCUUGCCAUUUUCUGUACUGCGGGGGGAUCAGAAGAAGGAGAGAGAGAGAGACAGACAGACAUGGACCAUUUGUGUCAUUUGAUGAAUCGAUGGCCAGUCUUGGAGCCUUUUGGGCAGAGGUGAUUACUGGAUUACCUUGGUCCCUCUUCCUAGUGAUGCGUAAGGGUCAUGAUUGCAGGCAAGGUGGGUGUUGUAAACGGCAACCCUUUUGUGCCAAGUCACUCCAUAAACUGGAGAAAGUGCUCUUCCCCAUCCGUCUUCCCCAUCCCCAUAGGAAUCACAGCAUUCUGAACACUGCACCUGCCUCCUUAAUUCUACCCUGGGUUUCCCUUUCCAUACCUGUGCCAGAAGGAACUGUGGGGGGGAGGGGAGGGGGCCAGGUCAGGCAUCAGCUGAAUGGGACGGAGCUGGAAUCUGUAACUCUCAUUUCUUUUUGCUAUGGCACUUGCUGUAUCUUUCUUACUUUAAUCUAUUAAAGCCUUUUUGUCUUUGCCUCCUGAA